GGCUUGGCAGAGGGAGAGAGAGAGAGAGAGGGGAUAUUCAAGAAGUAUAUAUAUAAAGAAAAGAAAAGGCUUACAGUAAAUGUUGAGCCUAAGUACUACUACUGAAGUGGUGGUUCGAAAUGGGUCAUCACUGCUGUAGCAAACAGAAAGUAAAGAGAGGGCUAUGGUCUCCGGAAGAAGAUGAGAAACUCGUCAAAUACAUCACCACGCAUGGCCAUGGAUGUUGGAGUUCUGUUCCAAAACAAGCAGGGCUACAAAGGUGUGGAAAGAGUUGCAGACUAAGAUGGAUUAACUACCUGAGACCAGAACUGAAGAGGGGCUCUUUUUCUGAAGAAGAAGAAAGAAUCAUCAUUGAUGUUCAUAGAAUUCUAGGCAACAGAUGGGCCCAGAUAGCUAAGCAUCUACCAGGAAGAACAGAUAAUGAGGUGAAGAACUUCUGGAACUCAUGCAUUAAGAAAAAGCUGAUGGCACAAGGGUUGGACCCAAAAACUCACAAUCUCAUCCCCUCUCAUCAGAUUACUAACAGAAAUAACAAUGCAAGCAAUAAUAUUCAUAUCUACCAAGAACCCACUUCAAUUUUCUCUGUAAAUUCGCAUAUAAGAGAUGGAUCAAUGAACACAAGUCCACUUGUUAUCAAUUUGCCUCCUCCUCCUACAUCUUUUUCAUAUGGUACUGCUUCUACUCAAAUUCAUACUCCAUUAAUCCAUGAAACCAUGACAAUUCCUCCCUCCUAUGAAUACCAAAACCCUAAUCUUGCUUGGACUGUUAAAGGCCAAAACUCCCAGGUUUCCUUUGAUUUUGCUAGUCACCGAUCUUCUAUUGAGAUUGAGAGCACACCCAUCACCUCAUCUCCGAUAAUUCCAUCUGGGGUUGGGUUUUUAGAUGAGAAUCUCGUGUGGGGUACUUGUGGUGUUGAACCCUUUGAGGCUCCAAGGCAGGAAGAGAUGCAACCACCAGUACUACAUCAAGAAAAGAAAGCCCAGCAGGAUGUAUAUGAAGCUGAUUUCGAUGAAACCAAUGAAGUGAAGGGUGGUGGUCAUCCGGACAUGCAUACUGGUUCUUCGUUUAACUCAAACUUCGAUCUCGAUUUUAUGGACUCAACAAUGAUGUCUUGUGGUAUGUAUUGCAAUGUGAGUUCUAUGGAUCAGCUUGCUUGGGAUUUUUAAGUCUUUUCUGUAUUUUGCAAGGGUUUUGUACUUUUAUUAAGGUUGACUAUGCAUUCCAAAAUCAAUUUGUACAACUUGGAUAUGACAGUGAA